AUAGCAUCAUCUAUUUUCAUUCCACUUUCCUUUAAAAAUAGACUGUAAUAUAAACGAGCAUAAUGACUAAGACGAUGACUUUUCCUCAAUACUGUAUGAAGAUGUUGCAUACACAAGGGAAAUUUCUGUACUUCAAAAUUUAUGUUCUUAUUAUUUAUUCUUCCAACGGUAGGUCUAUUUCGUGAUAUAUAAAACAGAACUUGUUGCUUGAGAGAAUUAAGUCUAACAUCAUUGUUCACAUGCCAUGUAUGCGAUUUAAUAUGUUUUAAAUCUUGUAUUAAAUAAGUAUUAAAUAAUGCUAUCAAUAAUUUUUUCCAUUGCGAACAAUAUACUAUAGCAUAUCCAGCAGUUAAAUCAACCUCUCUUCGUUUGAUUAAUUCUGGUAUUAACUCAAAUCUUACUUGAACAAAAAUAAAGUAACAGAUUUACAAACUUUGUUUAAAAAAAUGCACACACCCAUAUAUAUAUAUAUAUAUAUAUAUAUAUAUAUAAAUGUGUAGUCUAAAUGAUAUAUAUAGAUAUAUACCUUUGUAUUGAAAAAUGCAACAAUCAUCAGUAUGAUUUUUUGACAUAAUAUGUUUAAAAACUAUAGAUUGUAAAUAGAAUACACAUAUUCUUCGUAUAUUUAAAUUUAUCCCAUUUUCUUUGUGAUUGACCAUAUCCAAUUGCCGUAUAAUACUUUGAAGAAGACUAUUUAAUUGUCUAGGUAUAAUAUUAUCUAGUCGAUGUUUCAAUAAUAAUGUUUCUCUUUGAACCCAAUACAUCCAUAAAUCAGUUGAUGUUGAAGCUAUUAAUCUAAAGUAUGAAUGUAGUCUAAUACUGAUAAAUCAUCUUAUAAUGUGGUGUACAUUACAAUAACACAAUUAUACAAUUACCUUAAUAUAAAAUGACCAACUUUAUCAUAUGCAGAACCUUCUAAUAAAUAUUGAAAAUUUCCAUCAAAUUCACUAGUUUUGUUGUUAUAUAAAUAUUCUAAAUAUUCUAAUCUAGUAUAUACACAUUUUUCCAUAACAUGCAGACAUAUCUGUCCACUCGGCGGUUUGAUAUAAAACAUUUUAGAUAUUGAUUAAUGUUUCAACGAGAGUUUUAUUAAUUUCUUAUUGACAAAUUUUACUCGCUAGAUACAUUUUCUUUUGAACAUUUUUUUCAAAGUUCGCGUUUUUGCGAUUUUGUGAAUUAUUGCAUAGUGAAAUAAUAGUUUUAAGAUUGGAUACGUAGGUAAUAAGAGGACAAUGUUUUUAUGCAUCCAAACUAAGUAUGUCAGUAUAUUAUUUUAAUUUAAUUUAAAUCUAUUUUGUCUUAAUUAAUUCCACGAUGAUUAACCCUUUGCACUCCGCUGUCCCUUCUCAUGGGACAUUAAAGUUGAUUAGUGAUUACGGGUAAUUGAGUUAUUUCAGCGCAACUUUUUGAGACAUGCACGUUUCCCUGAAGUUUUCUCUUGAAAUGGCACAAGAAAUCAAAUCAAAAUAUAGUAAAAUUACUAAGGAUAUAUACAAAAAAUGUCAGCGCGUUUUGUGUCAAGUGAGAACGCGAGAGGCGUGCUCACGACGAUCCGAGCACUUCAAAGGCGCCACUUGAAAAGAGCGAUAAGGCAAGUUUGUAGAAGAAAGGUCGGUAUGUGAACAUAGCACGGACUGUAUAGUGAGAUUUAUAAUCAUAAAUAAGCAAGUCUAAAUCUGGAGGAAAAGAUUUCUAAAACUGAACUCAGUUUGGUUUGAAGCGCCGCCCGGUAUAAUUAGAUCUAAUAACGAGUGAGAAAAUCGGAAAAGUGAUUUUUCUCUUGGUAAAUAAAUUGUUUGGUAAAAGUUUUUUUGAACAAUGGCAAAACGUUCAAACACGAAUGAGUCUCAUGACACGAGUAGUAGUGAAGAUGAGCUCCAAAUAGACGUUUAUACAGAUAUGUUAGAAAGACUAAUUGUAGAAGAAAACGAUAGCAGUGAUAGUGAUAUCGUCCAAGCAACAAGGCGACGAAAAGACUGCAUAGAUAGCGACAGCAAUGAAAGUGAUACGAAAGAAAACACACCGCAACAUGACAACGUAUCGUCAAGUGAAGAGUGGGAAGAUGUCACUGAAUCAGGCGUUCCUCCAGUCACGAUAAAUUUUGACUUACAUGACGAAAUAGCUGGACCACAACUACCAAAUAACGUAAAAGAACCCAUAGAAUAUUUUACAUUAUAUUUUACUGAAGAAUUAGCAGACAGUAUAAUAAAAGAAACGAACAAUUAUGCCAAUGAAGAAAUUAGAAAGAAACAACUUUCACGAAAAUCUACAUGGCACAACUGGCACGAUAUUACUAAAGAAGAAUUUUUAGCAUUCAUCGCAGUUAUCCUAAAUAUGGGAUUGAUUCAACUGCCAAAUAUUCAAGAAUACUGGUCUACCGCUUCCAAUAGUAGAAUUCCUUUCUUUCCAGAAACAUUCACUAGGGCCAGAUUUAUGCAAAUAUUUUGGAUGCUACAUUUGAAGAAACCCACGCAAAGAAAUGCGACGAUAAGAACUCGUAUCCAAAAGGUUAGCAAUUAUUUAGAAUAUAUAGAUGACAAGUUUAGACAAUACUUCAUACCGUAUAAAGCAGUCGUGGUGGAUGAAUCUAUUGUAAAAUGCAAAGGUAGAAUAGCAUUUAUUACCUAUAAUCCGAACAAGCCAACGAAAUGGGGUAUACGCAUAUAUGCGCUAACGGAUUCAAAAACUGGAUAUUUAUUUACAAUACUUCCGUAUUACGGCAGCAUAACUUCCGAUAACAUUUCCCGGUCUGAUCUUCCAGUAACGACCAGGAUUCCACUACAUUUAUAUAAUAAGUUGUUAAAUAGAAUUCCUGAUGCAAAAGGAUACCACAUGUACACUGACAGAUAUUAUACCAGCAUUCUAUUAGCAGAAGAAUUGUUAAAGAUGAAUUGUCAUCUUACUGGCACUAUACAAGUUAAUCGAAAAGGCGUACCGACACAAAUAAAAAAACCAAAAUUUUCAAGAAAAACAACAGUUGCAUACAGGAAGAAUAGCACUACGCUUCUUGCGUGGAAAGACAAAAGAAUUAUCACAAUACUCACUAAUUAUUACAACACACAACUGCAAUCUACCCACAGAACAUUACGCGGUGGACAUAUUGUAACAGUCAAUAAGCCUGAAAUGGUGUUAGAAUACAUGGCAAAUAUGGGUGGUGUGGAUCGUGCGGAUCAAUACGCUUCGACAUAUUGUUUUCUCUGUAAGUCACUGAAAUGGUGGAGGAAGUUAUUUUUUUGGGGGUUGGAAAUGUGUGUCAUUAAUUCAUACAUUAUUUAUCGAAUCUCAAAACAAACAAAUAACGAAACGCCAAUGACGCACCACAAGUUUGUCAAGGUACUCAUUGACCAAUUGAGGGGUGAUUUUCGUGAAUCUAGAACGCGUCCAUCCACAUCUUCUGCGGACAAUAGAUUAGAGAAUAAACUACAUAUUCCUGAUGUGGGACAAAGAAAACGGGAUUGCAUUGUUUGUUCUGACAGGAAAACACCUGGUGGCAGGCGUCAAACAACUUAUUAUUGUCAAACGUGCACUAAUCAGCCUGCAAUGCAUUUUGGGGAGUGUUUUAAAGUUUAUCACACUGUACUAAAUUAUAAAAAAUAAAAUAUUGAUUUUUUUACAAAUAUA